AGAAAUCAAACAAAGCCCCUUCACUUCGAAACAGAUUUGCAGAGAGAGAUAGAGAUAUAGAGAGAGAGAGAUGGUGGCGGUGGGUAAUGCAUGGGGGGUGGGACAAGCAAUCCCAAUUCCCCAAUUGAGACCACCCUUCUUCUACUGUUGCUCGGAUUUCCUAUCCAAGAAAUCCAAAGCCAAUCUGAAUUUUGUUCUGGGUUGGGGCUGUUGCUCUUUUCAGGCCAGGAAUGGUGUUUCUUCCAACAAGAGCCGCAAAACCCCCGGCUCCCGUUGCCUUUGCUCGAAUAACAGCAACAGAAAUUCUUCCUUGGAAUGGGAUUGGAACCGCUGGAACCGCCAUUUCUCUGAGAUUGAACAGGCCGAGAGCUUUGCCUCUGUUCUCAAGUUUCAACUUGAAGAUGCAAUUGAGAACGAAGACUUCCAAGAAGCUGCAAAGUUGAAAAUGGCUAUUGCAGAAGCUACAUCAAAGGACUGUGUUGCUGAAAUCAUGUCUCAGUUAAAGAAUGCAAUUGAAGAAGAGCGUUACCUGGAUGCUUCGAGGUUGUGUAGGUAUACAGGAAGUGGACUGGUCGGUUGGUGGGUGGGCUACCCAAAAGAAUCAGAUGAUCCCUUUGGCAGAUUAGUGCGCAUAACUCCUGGUGUGGGCAGGUUCGUAGGCAGGAGUUACAGUCCAAGACAGUUGGUAACUUCAGCUCCGGGAACUCCAUUAUUUGAAAUAUUUGUGGUCAAAGACACUGAUGAGACAUAUGUCAUGCAGGUAGUAUGCUUGCAACGAGCCAAAGGAAAUUCAGCAAAUUCCAAUUUGCCAUCCAAGCUCACAAAAGACCAUCACCCUUCGACUUCCAAAGUUGAGGAUGAAUCUGUAGUGGACAUACAGGAAAAUGAAGGAAAGGCAGAGAGAUCUGAGGAGAUGGGAACUAACAUUGAGGGAGUGACUGAGGAGGGGAUUAAAAGUGUGAUAAAUUUUCUUAAAGAAAAAAUUCCAGGAUUGAAAGUUAAAGUCAUGAAUGUCAAUGUCACUGAAGAAGUUGUAAAGGAUAGUGACUCUGUGAAGCAGUUGAUGCAAGAAGACAGUGAGAAGAUGGGAUCUACUGAGAAUUCUGAAGAAGGAGUUGGCAAUUUGGACGAGAUUCAGCCUGAUGGGGUCACCAUAGGAGGAGGUAGUGAUGCCUCUGAAGAUGAAAAGGAUUUGGAUAUGAAGCUUUUUAUAGGCGGGAUUGUACAUAAUGAGGAUACUCCUAUCAAGGACGAGUAUGUGCGUCUUCCUGCUGAAAUUAGAGAUAUGGAGAGAGAUUCUUUUGUGCUACAUAUUCCUGGGAGAAGCUUAGAUCAUGAUGCAGGAGAAAGUAAAGCAUCCAGAGUCAAAGUGGCAGCUCUAGCAGCUCAAGGUGUUUCUGAGCUUAUGCCUCCUGAUGUUGCCAAGGCUUUUUGGGGUGCAGACAAAGUUUCUUCAAAGGUUUCUAGAAAUGUCCGUGAAAUUGUCAAGCUUGCUGUUCGUCAAGCACAAAAGCGCAGCAGACUAUCUGAGUAUACAACUUUUAGUCGGAUUACCACUUCCAGAGGAGAUUUAGAUCCUUUUUCAGGCCUGUAUGUUGGUGCAUUUGGCCCUUAUGGCACUGAGGUGGUACAAUUGCGGCGUAAAUUUGGCCACUGGAAUGCUGGGGAUGAUGAAGACAAGUCUUCAGAUGUGGAGUUUUUUGAAUAUGUAGAGGCAGUGAAGCUGACUGGGGAUCUAAACGUUCCUGCUGGCCAGGUGACAUUUCGUGCUAAAAUUGGGAGAGGAAAUCACUUGUCCAGCCGUGCAAUGUAUCCAGAUGAAUUAGGAGUGGUUGCAAGUUACAAAGGUCAAGGGAGAAUUGCAGAAUUUGGGUUCCGAAAUCCAAAAUGGGUUGAUGGAGAACUUCUCCAACUAAAUGGAAGGGGCAUCGGUCCGUAUGUCAAAGGCGCAGAUCUUGGUUUCCUCUAUGUUGUCCCUGAGCAGAGUUUUCUUGUGCUCUUCAACAGAUUAAAGCUACCAGACUGACCAUUGGAUCCAGCAUUUGAGACUGAGAUUGAUUCCUAUCUGUGCCAUAUUUGAGCAAAGAAGGUAGAUUUACCUUCUUCUUUUUUGGGGGGUAAUUUUUCCUGUUUAAGCCUUCUUUUUUAGCUGUAUGUCAAUUUUGCUGACCGACCAAGUUAUGGUAAAACACUCCCCUCGUGUUGUAGAGGAAGAUUUCUUAAAUGAUGUCUGAGUUGUGUAAGCAUUAGCAUAAUCCCUAUUGUAAGCUAUGAAAGGCUUUUGUAUUUUCUGAAGGAGACCUACUAAAAUCGUAUGACAUGCGCUUUUGUUCUUGAA